AUGGUGGUAGAAGAAGGGAGUGUUGUUCAGGUUGAAAAGGAAUUGAAGCACAAGGAUGAAUCAGAAAUGAAAAAAAUUGUGGAUGAAUCAAAUGAUGAAUCACAUAAUUUUGAAAAUAAUAAAGAUACCAAACACAAUGCUUCAGUUGAUUCGGCUAAGGAAGAGGAUUCAUUGUCUGAGUGGUCAGCUGAGGUUAUUCAUGGUGCUUUGGAGGAACAGGCUGGUGAUUCAGUUGUGCAAACUUGCCCUGUUGUUUACUCGGAGAAGGUUUCAUUGUUGAAUGGGGAAGUGCAAGUAAAUAUGAGUGCUCAACUUGAUAUUUCGGAGGCUUCUAAUGUGUCCGAAUCUAAAUUGAAGGAAAAUGGGGAGAAGUUGAAGUCUGCCGAAGAGAAUGUUGUCUUUUCUGCAACUGGUGUGGAUACGGCAUUUGAUAGGAUGGCUGUGGAAGCAAUUGUUCAAUCAGCAUCAAAAUUCUAA